AUGAAGUUCCUCAACGCUAUUAUCAUCCUCGCUACUGUCGUUGCAGGCGCACCCGAGGUUGACUCAGCUCUAGAAGCCAGGUCCUUGACCGUUAAGAGAAUGAACCUUGCCAUCCGUGAUGCUGAAUAUCAAGGCGAUGGCAUUUACGUGGCCCAUCCUAAUGAUGAAGCCACGGAAGAAGACAUCGCGAGGUACGACAAUGCAACCGCUGCGGCUGAAGCCAAACUCGUAGCCCGAGGAGAAGCUAUUACUUGCUCCGGUAGAAGUGGCAAUAAGGACCUUUUAAGAGUCGCCAAUGAGGCGGCGGCCAGGAACGCCGAGAAUCACGGGUACUAUGGUGUAAAAACCACGGGAUGGGUGUACUACCAAACGGAGAACUCUUUCUUCUGCAACUACGAAGGAGUCACGUGGAACUACAACCAAAUGAUCGAUAGACAUAUCAGUGUUUCGAACGCAUGUGGCGAACCUGGAUACGGAUAUGCCCGGUGCACUGAAGGGGCCUGCGGAGGUGUUAACGACGCCUCGGUUGGCCGAACAUUCUAUGGCGACCAUUACUGUUAA